AUGCGUCAAUUGAAUUCCGAAUAUCAGCAAUUACGACAAGCACGUCUUGAUCGGAAGGGCGAAUACAAGAACCAGUAUGAUCAAUUAUCAGCUAUUCGCAAAGAACGACAAAAGGACAUUCAAACACGUCAACAAGAAUUCGAAAAAGAAAUGAUGCAAAAGGAGGAAGCAAAACAAAAAAAGCAGCAUGAUAGCGAUCUCAUUGCAUGUGAUACGUUGGAGAGGUUGCUACAGCAAGUACUUGAUCAACAAGAGCAAGACGUGGAAGAAUUGGGUAUCGAUGGCAACCCCGCUCAGGAACGCAUUCAACUCGUCAACUCACCCAUUGAGCAAGAGGAAGAUGAUGGCGUUGAUACUUCGGUGUUGAUGAUUCCCCUCGGCAUUAUGGAGCUAUUUUGGGAGAUCCAUGUCCAGGUGCCUGUUCGCUUUACAGAGAUUGAACCAACAUUGAAUAGAAUUCGAGAGCGUCGAGCUGAAUUAUCGAGAUAA